AUGGAAGGACGGAAUGUCCAUCCUCCACCUUCGACUGCCGAGAACUCACUUCUGACACCCGAGCAAAUCAAGCGCAUUGAGUUGAACCGCCUUAAAGCAAAAGCAAGACAGAGACAACGAGAACAAGAGGCAGGCCCGUCAUCUACGCCAAAUCCGAACCAGAAACGCCCUCUCGAAGUGAUACCAGCUGUGUCCACUUCACCGACAGCUCCUAAGCCACUGAAGCGUGACUCACGCCUCGGCAAGUACUUUGAAUAUGACCUGUCUAAAAUGGUCAACUCGAAAGGUGGAUUUUUGGUUGAGGAUGGGAAGGAGGUGGACGAAGACUCGAGGGCGAAGGAGCGAGAGCGAGAAAGACAACGAGCCAAGCAGAACUUGGAACCGCCGAUGUACUUGGAUCCGAGCCUGAAUCCGAAGUGCAGAGAAUGCCAGUCUAUCGACAUCGAUUAUACAUACAAGAAGAUAUUUGGAUGCUUGGUAUGUAACAAAUGCAAGGAUGAAUACCCAGAGAAAUACAGUUUGUUGACAAAGACUGAAUGCAAAGAAGAUUACCUCUUAACUGACCCCGAACUUCGGGAUCGAGAGCUGCUACCCCAUCUACUCAAAGCCAACCCUCAUAAAUCGACGUUUGCGAAUAUGAUGCUCUUCUUGCGAUGUCAAGUUGAAGAUUUUGCGUGGAAGAAAUGGGGUUCACCAGAGGCUCUAGACACUGAAUGGGAACGUCGAACGGAGGAGAAGAAGAAAAAGAAGAACAAGAAAUUCGAAGAAGGACUUCGAGACUUGCGCAGACGGACUAGAGAAGGUGUGUGGCAAAGACGAAAAGACCAGGAGCACAAACAUGUUUUCGGAGUAACGGAAGACCUCGGAGAUGCCACACGAAUAAGUUGUUCUACAACCCAGGCAUUUACUAUGGAUGAUCCAAACCAAGCUGAAAGUUCCAAAAUUUCCACCUCUUUGGAGCUUGAGCAGAUCGAAGUAAAUCUCUUUCGGUCAAAGACAUUAUUCAAACCCACGAAGGCUCGAGGCGUUUUCGGAGGGCAGGUCAUCUCACAAGCAAUAGUCGCCGCCACCAACUGUGUCGAUCCCGUGUUCGGAUUGCAUUGUUACUUUCUUUUGAGCGCAUCUCCCGCUAUUCCUAUCAUAUAUUUCGUCGAGCGGCUACGGGAAGGGCGGUCAUACACUACCCGAAGUGUCAAAGCAGUUCAGAAUGGAAAGAUAAUAUUUCAGCUAAUGUGUUCCUACCACAAGCCGGAACCAUGGCAGCCUACACAUCAAUGGCCCAUGCCCGAGGUGCCCCCACUUGAGGAGUGCGAGCUUGAGGAGGUGCUGUUCAGACGCAGAGCUACGAGGGAGGACCUUCCUUCGAAAGUUCGGGACAUAUUAUUGUCUUAUGCGCUUGAAAGGGAGAAUGGUCCAAUUGCAGUUAGAAGGGCUGGUUUGACUACCGAAGACGGUACUCAAACAUUCAUGCAUUGGGUGCAAGCUCGGACAGGUCAAGCGUCACAUUAUGGAGCACCUUACCAGAAGUGUAUUCUAGCAUACCUUUCGGACCUCAACUUUGACAACUUUUGUUGUGAAGAUGGUUUACUCUAUGUGGUUGUUUGUCCUCGAGCUGCAUCCGGUAGAGCAGUGGUUCAUGGCAGGUUGUACUCACGAGCUGGCAACCUGGUUGCGGCCACUUGUCAAGAGGGUGUGGUGCGGGCUGACGUACGAGGUCCUACUGAAAACAAGGCAAAGCUGUAG